GCAUUCAGCAGCGUUUACUAUCUAAAGUCCACGUGUUGCUUGAGUUAUCAGAAAUCCAGGUACCAUUUUUCCCCUUUCGAAGCGCCAAUCGAAAAGAAUUUUCAAGGCAUCUAUAAUAAUGGGAUCUGUAGAAAAAGUAAUCGUGGACACUGAUUGUGGUGUGGAUGACGCCAUGGCUCUGAUGUUAGCCCUCAGCAGCAAGCGAGCCCGAGUCGUCGCAAUCACCUGCGUUUUCGGGAACACCCCGCUGGAUAAUGUGUGCAACAACGUGAAGCGCGUGCUUGUCGUCUGCGAUAAAAAAGAGGUAAAGAUCCCCAUCUAUAGAGGCAGCGGUUGCGCACUGAUACCAAAAGUCAUCCGGAAAGACAGUGCGUACCACGGUGGCGAUGGACUGGGAACCUUCGCCCACGAAUUUUCCACCGGAGACUUACCCGAGUCCGACGUUCCGGCGCCCAUGGCCCUCAUCCAGCUAACCAAGGAGCAGCCAGGAGAGAUCACUCUGAUAGCCAUUGGACCUCUGACCAAUCUUGCCCUUGCGCAUAGGAUAGAUCCUCAGUUCACGAAGAGACUCAAGUCCCUGGUCGUUAUGGGAGGCAAUUACAAAGGUCUCGGAAACGUGACAGAGACGGCGGAAUUCAACUUCCAUUCCGAUCCCGAAGCUGCUCAUAUUGUGUUGGGGGAAGCUUUGUGUCCCGUGAAGCUGGUGCCGUGGGAGACAUGUUUAGAAUUCAACUUGUCCUUUGCCACUUACGAUCGCCUGGUUCAAGUUGCUACAGCGAAAGGCUCUUUUUACAAGAGAAUCACCGGCAUAAUGAAAGAGCUGGCUAAGUCCAGAAGCCGGACAUUUUGCACGGAUUGUGACUUGUCAGCCGUGGCUGCAACCCUCUAUCCUGAAUGCAUUCGGAAGUCCUUGGUCACCCCUUUAGUUGUCGAAUGCAAUGGGACUUACACUCGGGCGAUAACAGUCCUCUUGAACCACGUAAAAAGCCUCAAAGACCACGGCAGAUGCGAUGUCCAGAUUAUCACGGAGCUCGACGUGGAUUUUCUGAACCAACUCCGAUACCAAAUGCUCCAGGACGAACCGAUCCGUUUAUAGUGGGGAGGAGAUCAUUCUUCAUCCUCGCAUGCUGAGUAUCAUUUUAUGAGUAAAUAAAAUCUUUUAAAGAUUUCAUAAGUUAUUAUCAAUGUUGUGAUAUCUACUGAUUAAAGCUUUUCGAUUUUAUUGCAAGCGCCAUGAAGGCUGAAGGUACUGUAAUAAAGUGGAUUUUCUCGAAAAGUUGCCUUUCACCUACAUUUUCUGAGAAUUACUAUAAAAUCAAUAACAACAUUUUUUAACGUGCCUUCAUUUUGAUUGUUGCCCUUUUAGUCAAGGUUUAAAUCCUAUUUCCUUUUAAAAUUUGACUGCAUAAUCAUUUGUUCUACGUAUCGUUAGGAAAUAUUGGCAAAUUAAAAUAAAAGCUAUGUUAUAAUGGAUUUGUACAAAGAAAGCGCAAACAGUUAUUUUGUAGAAUUAUGUUAGAAUUUUUGUGGUAAAAAUUGUAUUUGUAUUCAAAAAAAAAAAAUUUUUUUUUUUGAUAUUUUUAUAGUAAUAAUUUAUGCAAUUGCUUAUAAGAUAAAACGUAUACGGAAACGCAUUGUUGAUUUGAGACAUAAUGAUGUAUGAGCUCAUUUAUUUUGGCAUCCACGAAGAAAAGCUCCUUUUUUUAAUGACUUCAUUGAGGUAUUGCAACGAUAUUGUCCCAGUAUGAAUAUUUAACCGAAAGAGUAGCACCUAAUUAAGAUGGAUUGGAAUGUGUGUGCAUUACCUGCAUAAGAUGUUUGUCUGAGAAAUAACUUUAUCUCAGUUAUUUAUUAUUGUCACUAGUGAACGCAUCAAAAUUGAUAUGCGUGCUAUUAACAAUUUUUACAAAAUAUUCUUUUAAUAUAAAUUUUUCAUGAGUGCUAUUAACAAUUUUUACAAAAUAUUCUUUUAAUAUAAAUUUUCCAUGAGUGCUAUUCUAAAUUAUCCAGUACUAUUACUAGUGCUCUUUUUCUAAACGCUAAUAUCCUCGCACUAAAUAUUUUUGUUCUAAAUGCAUC